CCUAAAAUGAUUUAAAUGCGCAGUAGUCGUUCAGCCUCCAGCCAGAUCGCAUCUCUCGGAGGUGUCAAUCGAAGAAAUACUUGCAAUACGAUGAAUCGUGAUAGUCUUAUCGGUGUCGUCACCUGCCUGCUGCUGGCUCUCCCCAGUUCUCUGAGUCACAGCAUCGGAGGGGAAAACGGCACCUCGAAUCUGCCAGAGGUGCGGGGCAAUAAGUUCCUCUACUUCGGGUUCGGGAGCAAUAUGCUGGCCAAGAGGAUCCACAUCCAGAACCCCACGGCAGUCAGAGUGGGUCCCGCCCUGCUCCCCGACUACCGGCUGGACUUCGCCUUCGUCUCGUCUCGGUGGGGAGGCGCCGUGGGCACCAUUGUCCCCACCCAGGGAGACGGUGCGUGGGGAACCCUCUGGGAGAUCGACCUCGUCAACCUGCCGGAUAUAGACAACCAAGAAGGCGUCCACCUGGGCAUCUAUGAGCCCCGCACCGUCUACGUAAAACUCCGAGGUGCCUCUGGAGUGACCCCUGCCCGAGCCUACCUGCUGAACAAACAGCCGGAGAGCAAUCUCUACGAGUUGUCGGGGGACUCCGUUCCUGCUUUCCGUCAGCCCUCGAAAACGUAUCUGCAAUGCCUGGUCAAGGGCGCUAUUGAGAGCUCCGUUCCGGAGGCCUAUGUGCGGCGGUUGAGGGGCAUCAAACAUAAUGGCCACGUGCAAAGUAACCUGGAGCAGAGGCUGGAACUGCAGAAUGUCACUAUGCUUAGCUUGAGAAGGCUUUGCAGGAAGAUACGGAAAUAUGACGGCUCGCUAAACAUUGCUUCGUUGGUCAUUAGCAACUCCGUGAUUUUACCCUGUAUCUUUGCCCAGCAAGGCGAAGGCGGUCCAAUAUACUAUUAUUUGACGUCCUACGGAGUGCUAUUCCUAUGGCCCAUUUUCCACAUGCUGAUGAUGGCCUCGGUCCUCUUUAACCGAAGAGUCAAGACCGUGAUUGUGGGUUGGGCAGUCGCCCUCUCCGUGAUCGUCCUGUACCUGCUCCUGAACGCCAAUCUUAUCGAUGACGGCCUCGAGUGGUACUCCUUCCCGUCUACUGCCUUGUUGGAAUCCACCUUCCGCAUCAGUAUGGCCAAUAAGUUCUUUUAUUUCGGUUUCGGCAGUAAUAUGCUGGCCAGUCGGAUUCACAUUCAAAACCCCACUGCCAAAAGAAUUGGGGCCGGCAAACUAGAGAACUUCCGGCUGGACUUUCACACAACCUCGAAAACCUGGCUAGGGGCUCCCGCCACCAUCGUCCCCACCCAAGGAUCCCAUGUCUACGGGUCCAUUUGGGAGAUUGAUAUGUGCAACCUCAAGGACUUAGAUGACCAGGAAGGUGUUUGCAUUGGCCUAUACAUUCCGAUAAGCGUUCCCGUUCGCUCGUUGACCACCGAUUCCAAUAUCACCUGUCGUGCCUAUCACCUGGCAGACCAGCCUCAGUCAGAACUGCAUGCCGAUGGUGUCCAGGAAGAUAUUCCCCUCGAUCGUCAGCCCUCGAAAACAUAUCUUAAGGUCCUGGUGAAGGGAGCCAAGGAAACCGGCAUCCCGGAGGAGUACAUCAAGUGGCUCAGGGGCAUCAGGCACAAUGGCAAACAGCAGCCGACUAUGGAGGCAAAACUUGAACUGGACCAAGUGCAGCUGCGUUAAUCCCACGGAUCGUGUACGAAAAUUUGCUAUGAUAACAUUUAAAGUACAAACUGAACAUUUUGUAUAUCUGUGUUUGAGUGUAUCCUAAAAUUAUACGAAUGAAAGGUUUAUGUGUAAAAAACUAUACAUAUUAUAUGAACUAAAGAAUUUUUA